AUGGCGCUAAUCUCCCUCGAGGAUCUUGAUGGAUUGGAGGAUGAAGAGCUGGACAAUGAUAUCACUGACAACCCUGAGCCAAUGGAAGAUGACGAACAGCAGAGGCUGUACACCCAUUGGCAGGCAAUCGCCAGCACACACCAGGUGUCCGUCCCCCGAGAAAUGACAGGACCAAUUCAAGAGCUGACGCAGCGGAACCAAGCCCAAGAGAGAGAGCAGGUCCCCUUUUCCUCCAUCUCUCAGCAUGAAAAGCUGGGCGAGGUGCUGUUUGAGGAGAGGGUGUACCCUGCAGGGAAGUGGGCGUGCAUCACUAAAGGGGAGAAGCUGUACGAGCAGAGCAUCUCCAUGGGCUUUAUGAAACUCAUGAAAUUCAUCUGCAAGGAAAACGCUGUCGGACGCUAUUUGGGAAUGACUGUACCCAUUGUGAACAGUAUCCAAAUGCUGGAGGACGGCAAUGGCUUUCAGAAGGACAUCUUGACGGCAUACUACCUGCCUGCUGAGUUCCAGGCCAACCCGCCCCAGCCAACUGACCCAGACAUCACCAUACUCCAAAGGGAGGCUUUACGAGUCAUCACUAUGACAUUCUUCGGCACCACCACGGAGGAGACAAUCAUGCCUCAAAUCAACCUGCUGUGGGAGAUGCUGGGCCCCAGCGAGGAGAUGCAUCGCAACUCCUACAUGGUGGCCGUCUACGACAACCCUGGGGUGUCCUGCCGCAGAAACGAGCUCUGGUUCAUCCGGCGAGACCCCUAAAUCUCUUAUAACAUCCUCCUGUAUCAUCCCGA